AUGCUUCGCUCUUCAACCACUUCUUCCUCACAUUCAGCUACGGCGGAAUGUGCAGCCUAUGCGCGCCGUUUCAUUCAAGGCGACUGGCUCCCCCUCUUCAACGAGGCUGUCGCUGCUGCUGUACCAGCAUCUCGACCGCACAAUUUAUCGUCCGCCUGGUCCACAUCUACGUUUGCUCGGUUGAACAGGGCCAAGCGGUUCGCGCAUUGCGGAGAUUGGUCGCGUUCCCUCCCUCAAACUGUCCGGCCGUUCUUCACCGCAUCUACUCUUGUCGCCCUUCAGAAGCCGCAAGGAGGCGUCCGCCCCAUUGCCAUCGGCGAGAUACUGCCGCGCUUGCUGUCUCGUUGCAUUAUUCUUCACUUCAAGCAGCAGAUUAGGGAUUUCUUCCUUCCCUCCCUGCAGUUUGGGGUCACUGUCUCUGCAGGGAUCGAGGUUAUGGCCCACACAGUCCAGUCAGCCCUCUCUCUCCACCCAGACUGGGUCGUGCUGGAACUGAAUGUGGCCAAUGCUUUCAACUUGUUCAGUCGUUCCGCUAUGUUCAAUGCUCUGCGAGACUCCCCGUUCUCCAGCCUCAUCCCUUUCUUCCGCCUCUUCUACGCCUCCCCCUCUCCACUCCAUUACCGCAGCGGCCCACUCAUCGAAAUGCUUCAGUCAUCAUCAGACCUCACACCUCCAUCAGACAUCGUCAUUGCCCUUAACGGUAUCACGGUUGCGGGAGUUCCGAUUGGUUCAGAUACCCACAUCAUCUCUACAGUACAGGACAAGCUGCACUCUUUCUCCUCAUCUCUGCCUCUUCUACAUGACCUUCAUGAUCCUCAGACUGCCUCUCGCAUCCUUUCUCUCUGCGUCUCCGCUCGUCCCUCAUUCCUCCUCCGUACUGUUGCACCCUUCCCUGAGAUAGAUGAGCUCUAUACUGACUGGGACAACAGCUUGCUCGACCAUUUUGUUCGCCUCAUUGGCUCUGACUACUGGCCCCCUACAUUUGACCACACUGCCACAGCACAUCAACAGACAUGCCUUCCCAUUCGCCUUGGAGGCUUCAUCAAGGACUGCAGCCGACGGGGAGCGUCACGGCUCCGGGACAUGGGUGGUACAUCCGACCUUAUCCCAGAGCUUUUGGAGACGAGCUACUUCAAGAGGAUUUCUCUGCGCCCCACACUGGUGCUCAUGAACAUCAUCCUGGUGGGGCUGCUGCUCUCCUUCGCCGCCCUGCUGCCCGCUGCCUGGCGCUACUCCCGCCCACCUGUGGGCGACAGCAGCAGCAGUGGGACUGGGAGCGGCAGCACAGUGGAAGGUGGCAGCAGUGAGAUGCUGUACCAUGUGUUGUUCCUGCUGCUGCUCACUCUCCUACUCAUUGCGCUACUCAACUG